AUGUCGCUGCUCCCAUUUUAUCUUCGCUUGUGGAAAAAUAUGGCUCGUUCGCUUUACGCGACCCCCCCCCCCCCCCCCCCCCCCCCUUUUAAAAAAAAACCCCAACAACCCCCAACCUUAUUCAACCCCCCCCCCCCACUACCCAUCCAUAAAUUUAUUAAAAGUACACAAAUAAAAAACAAAUCAAAAAACAAAAAAAAGAGGGGGUGUGCAGCCGUUUCAACACUCCGAAGUGGGUCUGGAGUGGGUUCUACUAAACAAAACAUAAAGUUANGUAGCAAGAAACACUACAGUUGCGUAAUAAGCAGCCAUGCUCCUUUGUCCUCCAAAUUCCUUGACUUGAGCAGGUAUCCCUUGGCUUUGACCGAUGGAUUGAUGAUCCUGGAGAAAUAUGUAGAUGGAGAGAUCAUAGAGCUGGAUGGGUGA